UGGUUUCUCAUUUUUCUACAAAUACUAUAUAUAUUUAAUGUACUUAAGGAGCUCUCAAACCCAUCGCUAUCCACUAUUCUCUAUUUAUAUACACCCCUCCUCCCAUGGAUUUAUAAAUUUUCAUUCCUUUGUUUUUCUUAAUUUUUAACCACUCAACAGCUCCUACAUGUACAAUAUAUUAGUACAACAGUAAAAUUUUGUUGCUCUUUUUUCGUAUUUUCUUGAAUUAAUCAAUAUUUGGAUUAAAUGGGGGCUGAGAAAAAUGGAAAUGAUCGAAAAGGUAGUGAAAAUGGAGAGAUGAAGAAUAAGCGCAAACGGAGAAAAGUAGUAGUUUCAAGGGUUCAGAAACUGUAUAAAACUUGCAAACUGGUUUUUGCUAAUUGCAGACCUGGCGUUGUGCCGUCAAUGGAAAAUGUUGAACGUGUCAAGGCAGUUUUAGAUAAGAUGACUUUAGCUGAUGUUGGUUUGAGACGAAAUAUGCCAUAUUUCAAGUCAACGGUAUCAUCAGAUAGACCUCCUAAAAUAACAUACCUGCAUCUCCAUGAAUGUGACAAAUUCUCGAUGGGUAUCUUUUGCUUACCACCAAAAGCAGUCAUUCCUCUUCAUAACCAUCCUGGAAUGACAGUUUUCAGCAAGCUUCUCUUUGGGAAAAUGCACAUAAAAUCUUACGACUGGGCAGACAAUCUCCUUCCUGAAUCAACUCCAAAUGCCAAUAAUUUUGACAGGUAUGGUAAUACAGGACCACGUCUUGCAAAAUUGAAGGUGAAUUCCAAGUUUAGAGCUCCUUGCAAGACUUCAAUCCUCUAUCCAGCUGAUGGAGGUAAUAUGCACUGCUUCACAGCAAAGACAGCCUGCGCUGUACUAGACGUGCUCGGCCCACCUUACUGUGAUCCUGAAGGUCGCCACUGCCAAUACUACUAUGACUUCCCCUUUGCCGACCUCUCAGUGGAUGGCUUGUCAGUACCUGAGGAACAGCAAAGUGAGUAUGCGUGGCUUAUAGAGAGGGAGAAAUUACCUGAGGAUUUAACUGUAGCUGGAGCACUGUACAGUGGACCAAAGUUAGAGUAGUAAACUGAUGGAUCAAUUCAUUGGUCAAAGCAGCUUGUGUUGAAGCAGAAGAGAACUUUGUACACCCCCUUCCUUUUUUUCCCCCUAAGGUUAGCUUUUUGCUCUUUGCAGUGAUGAAUGAAUAGUCAAAAGGGAUAAAAGAGUUGUUGUUUUUUUCUUUCUUUCUUUAUGCAAAUAGCUCCUGUACAUAUUGAGGCAGAUCAGAACAUGUAAGGAUGAAGGAACUGAGAAUAUAUUUUUAAAAUUGUAUGUACAAUGUUCUUCCUUUGGUUUUGAA